AUGUCGAGGAAUGGCGAAGUAUCGUCAAGUCAAGGCCCAAGUCGACCAAAUAUGCCAAAACCGGAUUUGAAUUUGUUUACCACAGAAAAACGAAAAAUGUUAGAAUUACAGCUCGGUGGCCCAUCAGGCGAUGGCGCAGCAUUUACACCAUUCUGUUCCAAUCCAUCGACACAGAAAUCGAGAAUCCCACCACGUACAAUCAGAGAUGUAUUACCUGAAAAUACUAGAGAUAGGUGUAGAAUUUAUCCCACAAUGCAAUCAUCAGGCAAAUUGCAACUUUCUGCAACUGAAAUAUAUGAUUUUACAGCAGAUGACUUACAGGAUCUUGGUGAAAUAGGAAGAGGUGCAUUUGGAGCUGUAAAUAAAAUGGUCCAUAGGAAAACUAACAGAGUGAUGGCUGUAAAACGGAUUCGUUCCACGGUUGAUGAGAAAGAACAGAAACAGUUACUAAUGGAUCUAGAAGUGGUUAUGAAAAGUAAUGAAUGCCCAUACAUUGUUCAGUUUUACGGUGCACUUUUUAAGGAAGGUGACUGUUGGAUAUGUAUGGAGUUAAUGGACACAUCACUCGACAAAUUUUACAAGUUUAUUUGUGAAAGGAUGCAGACUCGAAUACCUGAAAAUAUUUUAGCCAAAAUAACUCUUGCAACAGUUAAAGCCUUAAAUUAUUUAAAAGAAAAGUUAAAAAUUAUUCAUCGGGAUGUCAAACCUUCUAACAUAUUAUUGGACAGAAGGGGAAACAUUAAGCUAUGUGAUUUUGGUAUAUCUGGUAAGCUUGUCGACUCAAUAGCGCGAACUCGCGACGCCGGUUGUAGACCAUAUAUGGCACCAGAACGGAUUGAUCCUGGACGUGCACGAGGUUACGACGUACGUUCUGAUGUUUGGUCUCUUGGAAUAACUUUAAUGGAAGUGGCUACUGGUGCAUUUCCAUAUCCCCGAUGGGGUUCCGUCUUCGAGCAACUUCAGCAAGUCGUGCAAGGCGAUCCGCCACGGCUUACCAAUAAGAAUAAUAUAUUCUCUAAUAACUUCGUUCAUUUUGUCAAUACUUGCCUUAUUAAGGAAGAAACACAGCGACCAAAAUACAACAGACUACUGGAACAUCCAUUUAUCAAAGGAAUAGACCAAAGUCGAGCUGAUGUAGCUGCUUACGUAUGUGAAGUACUUGACGCAAUGGAGAGAAAUGGUGUCAGCCCCUUCACUACUGACCAACCAGCUCAAGCUUGGAUUGAU